AUGCAGGCUUGUCCCGGAGAAUGCGAAUGUUCGAAAAAGGGAAUAGAUUACUACGGAGUAUUGUCUGUGAGGAAGAAUGCUCACGAUUUAGAGAUAAAGAAAGCGUUUCGAAAAUUGGCAAUUCAUUAUAAUCCCGAGAGACAAAAAGACGAGAGCGUUCAAUUCGUCUUUAGUCUGAUCGCCGAGGCUUACGAUGUACUUUCGGAUCCGCUCAAGAGAGCAAUCUACGAUCAGUACGGGGAGGAGGGAUUGAAAAGGGGGGUUCCUGGUCCAGAGGAAUUGUACAUCGAACCCUACGUAUUUCACGGAGAACCUUUACGGACUUACAGAGAUUUUUUCGGGACUUCUAGUCCGUACGCGGAUCUUAUCGAUGUCCUGGCAAAGCCUUUGCCGUUGUACGAAUUACCGGAAGGACGAGGAAUUAAAAGGAAAGAGGAACCGCUUAUCAAGCCACUCCUAUUAACUUUGAACGAGGUAUUUUUCGGGGGCGAGAAAAAAAUAAAAAUCCAAAGAUCUGUAUUAUGUGGAGACGGGGAGGGAUCGACGACGGUACUGAGAGAAAAAAUUCUCACAAUCCCCAUAAAGCCGGGACUUCCCUCGGGAACCGAGAUCCUGUUUCCUGAAGAGGGUGACCAAGGUCCUACGAAAAUACCCGCUGACAUCAUCUUCGUAACGGAAGAUCGGCCGCACGAAACAUUUGUUAGAGACGGUACAAAUCUCGUGAUGAUUGCCAAUGUAUUUCUUCGAGAAGCUCUGACGGGUUUUCACGUCGUGGUGAACACCAUAGACGAUAGAAUUCUGCGGAUCCCCAUCACUUCCGUUGUCUCGCCGGAUUAUGAAAAAAUCGUGAUCGACGAGGGAAUGCCGCUGGUGGAUAAUCCGAAGGAAAGAGGCGACCUGGUUAUACGUUUCAAAAUCGAGUUUCCUACCUACUUACCCAACACCAGUAAAAAUUACAUCAAGAAAGCCUUCAGGGUAUCGUCGACUGGUGAAAAGGGCGACGCUGAAUACAUUCACCGGCUUAUUCUGGAGGAUAAAAUUCGAAGGAAUAUCGAUUCGGAUAUUCCGAUGCGCAGGGAACCGGGGGAGUAAGAAAAUCAAUUGAAAUCUAUGUGCAGAUUAUAAUCUCCCCGCACAAUCAGCCGUCACCCUGUUCAAAAUAUCAAGGAACUGUUCGA